AUGCAGCAAGUUAUCGAUUCUGUCAAGUCGGCCAUUGGCGCCACCAAGCUGCCGACAGGCCAAUUGGGCAAGAACGGACCCUAUGUCACCAAAAUGGGAUACGGAGCCAUGGGCCUGUCGGCCUUCUAUGGCAAGCCCAAGCCUGACGAGGAACGCUUCGCCUUACUAGACAAGCUCUAUGAGCAGGGCGAGCUCUUCUGGGACACAGCAGGUCAGUCACUUCUAUAG